UUUGCUUUAAAAAAAACAAUUGAUGUCAUGUCUGUAUUCUCACCGCUGCGUCAAGCUAGCACGAGUCUCAGCCUCGCAAUCGCUUUCUAGUCAGUGACUCUUACUCCCACGGAAGGGCUUGAUCGAGCAAAGGAUCGGCUCGCCGUCAUCUCUUCACUGGUUAGAUUCUAUGUUUCGGGUGGCCUUUUGUCAUUCUGUUAAUUCUGGCUUGUUGAUAUUGCAAAGGUAAUAUACCAUGGCAAGGCCUUUGUCAAGUAUUCUCUUGAAGGGCAUCGUAGGUCUCCCUGCUGUCCGCUCUACUAGAACUGUUUUUGGAUCCCUUAAUUGCUAUGGAAUGAGAUAUUCGACUACAUCACCCAGUGAUCCUGACACACAUGAAGAUUUUCGACCAAAUAAUAAACUUGAAGGUUCUGGAAUAUAUUUGAAAGAUAUUGUUGAACAGGAUGUCAAGGACAAUCCAGUGAUGAUUUACAUGAAAGGGGUGCCUGAUCUUCCUCAAUGUGGAUUCAGUUCCCUGGCAGUAAGAGUGCUUAAGCAUUACAAUGUUCCCUUGAGUGCAAGAAAUAUUUUGGAAGAUCCUGAGUUGAAAAGUGCUGUAAAAUCCUUCAGCAAUUGGCCAACAUUUCCACAGAUCUUCAUCAAGGGAGAGUUCAUUGGUGGGUCAGAUAUAAUUAUGAAUAUGCACCAGAGUGGUGAACUGAAAGAAAAGCUGCAAGAUGUUGCAGCCAAUCAGAAGUCUGAAUAGUUCCCUCAUUGAACAAUGAGUAGAUUUUGCUUUUUGAACUAUGAAGGAAUGCGUUAUUGAACUCAAAACCAGGAGCACAAAUAUAUGGUUUAGAAUGGUGGGGAUAGAAGCGAAUCGUGUAUCAAUAUGUCCUGCAGCAAUCGGUUUUCGUUGAAAACUAUUUUGUAGUGGCAAUUUUCUGUUCAAACAGUGAAAGCCCAAAUAUCCAAUUUUUCAUCCA